AUGUCUGAGUUUACUUAUCGCAUCCCACGUGUUCAGCGGGCGCUCGUGGCGACGGGACCGGGCAGCCUUGCCCUAAAGCCCGUGCCUGUUCUCAAGCCUGGUAGCGACGAACUCCUGGUGCGCAUCGCCGCCGUCGCCCUCAAUCCGUCCGACCACAAGCUCCUGGAUCAAUCGACUACCGUGGGUGCAGUUAGCGGUAGCGACUUUGCGGGGACAGUCGUACGCGUGGGGGAGGAUUCGACGUCCCGCUUCCAGAUCGGCGAUCACGUCUGUGGGAUUAUCUUCGGGGCCAACCCCGGCAACCCCCGCAACGGCGCCUUCACACAAUACGCUGUCGCCACCGCCGAUUUGUGUAUGCACAUUCCUUCUUCCAUGGGAUUUGCUGAGGCAGCAUCCCUCUCGAUGGGUCUACUGACCGCUGGGCUCGCCUUUCGCUCCCUGGGUCUGGACUGGUCCCGACUGACGGACCCCGACGAGAACAAGAACCACCAUUUAGAUGAUUCGGACAAAGAGUAUGUCUUAGUGCACGGAGGUGCCACAGCGACGGGAACGCUGAUCAUUCAGCUGUUACGGAUGGCGGGUUAUACGCCAAUUGCAACCUGCUCACCCGCCAGCUUCGAUUUGGUGCGAAGCCGGGGUGCGGUGCAAGUCUUCGACUACGCCUCGCCCUCGUGCCAUGAGGAGAUCCGCGACUACACCCAGGAUCGCCUCCGAUAUGCCCUGGACUGCAUCAGCAAUGUCGAGACCAUGACCCUCUGUUACGUGGCACUCGGGGACGCCGGCGGUCGGUAUUCGGCGUUGGAGUAUUACCCCCGGGCGCUGACGAUCCGCCGUCGAGAUGUGGAGCAUCAGUGGGUUCUGGGAUGGACAUUGUUCGGAAAAGAAGUGCAGCUCGCUGGCGCCUACCACCGGGACCCCCUCCCCAAGGACCGAGAAUUCGGGCGUGAGUGGGCGGGGAUUCUGGAGAAGUUGAUGGAGCAGGGCCGAGUGCAGCCCCACCCGCUGGAGAUCAUCCAAGGCCCCUUGUCUCAGGCUAUGGACCAGGUAGACCGAAUGCGCCAUGGUCGUGUCAGGCGUAAGAAGGUUGUUGUGCAGAUCCGAUCAAGCUAG